AUGGUACGUCGAUCUAAAUUGCCUAUUUGUGGUAAUGGAAUUGUCGAAGCUGGUGAAGAUUGUGAUUGUGGUCUGAAUAAAAGUUGUACAUCGGUCGAAGCAUGUUGUAAUCCUCGAACAUGUCAAUUAUAUUCUGGAGCUGAAUGUUUAUCUGGACCUUGUUGUUCCGGUUGUAAAAUACUUCCGUCAGGUUAUACAUGUCGAGCAUCUAGAAAUGGAUGUGAUGUACCUGAAUCUUGCGAUGGUAUUUCUCCUCAGUGUCCUGAAGACAAUAGUGUUAUGGAUGGCUCAUCAUGCAACGAAAAUAUUGGUACAUGUUUUCAUGGAAAGUGUGUUGGUGCUGGACAACAAUGCAUUGAUCUUUGGGGAGCAGGUGCAACAGUGGCACACGAAUCGUGUUAUAGAAAUUUUAAUCCAUCAGGUUCAAUGACGGGCCAUUGUGGUUAUGAUUCUCGUCUGCAUAAAUAUAUACCUUGUUUUGAUCAGGAUGUGAAAUGUGGUCUAUUACAUUGUGAAGGUGGCAUGCCGUAUCCUCGAGUAGCAUCAUCGAAUUUUAUGAUUUUUAAUGUCAACACACGUGAAGGCUCAUUUGAAUGCAAGAGUAUUUCAAGUCCAACUCAUUCAGUAUUAACUAAUGAUGGUAGUAUAUGUGGCGAAUCAAGUUUUUGUCAGAAUAAUACAUGUAUAGAACAACAACAACCAAAACGACAAUGUGAUUCACAAAAGACUUGUUCAGGAAAUGGAGUAUGUACUUCAAUUGGCUUGUGUUUUUGUAAUUCAUCAUGGAAAGGCAAAGAUUGUUCAAUAUACGAUAACAAAUAUCAAGAUACAUAUGUAUAUAAUCGAACAUUACCAUAUGGACCAGAUCCUAUUUCACCGACGACAUUUUUCGGCAUAUCAACAAUAACAUUUCUUUUAUUUGUCAUAUGUAUAAUCAUAUCUUGUGUGUUCAGAAGCAAAAAUCCUCGUCCACGUCGAAAAUCUCACGUAAUCAGUCAUCCAAAACAACAUCAUCCACAAGUUACAAUGAAUCCAACUGACAUCGAACUUGAUCAUCGGACACAAUUUGUAACGCAAUAUGAUUCUACAAAUCAAAAUUUUGUUUCAACACCUGCUUCUAUGCACCGAACGCCGAUAAAACAUUCUCCAUUUAUGGCUAGUAAUCGAUCAAUAACAAGUAUAGGCACAGGUCUCUCAUAUUUACCAACGGAUACACCGCAUUCUGUUCGUUUUACCAAUCGAAAAAAUUCAACCAAUGCCAUAUUUAGUGAUUCUGAAACACCGCGUACACGGGCACGCCGGCAAACAGCACGUUACAUGGGUUCACCAUAUCUUACUCGAAAUUUUAAUCAUCACCAACAACAACAAACUUACACAACAUUAACAUUAAAACGUCAUGCUGAUAUAAAUAUUCCUUAUCAAUCGUCAAGAAAAAUUUACGAUGAUAUCGAUAAACUUUCAACAAAUGAAAACUUACGUGAUUUUAUUCAAGUGCUUGAUUCAUUGGCACAAGAAAAAUUUGGCAGUACAAAUAUCAAUACAAUGGCAUUUGAAAAAAACUCAAUUGUUCCAUCAAGUCCAACUGAAACAAAUGGGUCCAUUACACUUGACAGUGGUUAUCAAUCAACAAAACAAUUAAUGAAUACAGACGAAUAUGCUACAAUCGUAAAACCAAAACAAACAAAUGAAAAAUUCCAUCAACGACAACGAUCGUUGUCAUCCAUUGAUAAUAAAGAACAAUUUUCUACAUAG